UCUCCGCCUGACCUUGCAAUACUACGUUGUGUCACCAGAUGGUGCCCGAGGGCGCGGCUCUGAGGGCAGGGCCUGGACAAGGUGGGGUCCAGGCGGCCCACUGGUCCCAAUCCCAUCCCGUCUACUCCGGAAUAAGUGACCUUCAGCGCCGCCUGCUAAUCCGGAUCAUGACCCAGCCGGUACCUCGGCUAUCUGUUCCCGCCGCGCUGGCCCUGGGCUCGGCCGCGCUGGGCGCCGCCUUCGCCACCGGUCUCUUGCUGGGGAAACGGUGGCCUCCUUGGGGACCCAGGCGACAACUGAGCCUGCUGCCCCCUAAGGACAAUCCCCUCUGGCAGUAUCUGUUGAGCCGCUCCAUGCGAGAGCACCCGGCGCUGCGGAGCCUGAGACUGCUGACCCUGGAGCAGCCGCAGGGGGAUUCCAUGAUGACCUGUGAACAGGCUCAGCUUCUGGCCAACCUGGCGCGGCUCAUCAAAGCCAAGAAAGCUCUGGACUUGGGUACUUUCACGGGCUACUCGGCCCUGGCGCUAGCCCUAGAGCUUCCGGAGGCUGGCCGCGUGGUGACCUGCGAGGUGGACGCGGAACCCCCGGAGCUAGGGCGGCCUUUCUGGAAGCAGGCGGAAGUGGAGCAGAAGAUGGACCUUCGGCUGCAGCCCGCCCUGCAGACUUUGGAUGAGCUUCUGGCAGCGGGCGAGGCCGGAACCUUCGACAUAGCGGUGGUGGACGCGGACAAGGAGAACUGUGCCGCCUACUACGAGCGCUGCCUAAAGCUGCUACGCCCUGGAGGCGUGCUCGCCGUGCCCAGAGUCCUGUGGCGCGGAGAGGUGCUGCAGCCUCGGCCCACCAACAAGGCUGCAGAGUGCGUGCGGAACCUGAACGAGCGCAUCCUGCGGGACGCCAGAGUCCGCAUCAGCCUCCUGCCCCUGGAUGACGGGCUCUCCUUGGUCUUCAAGAUCUAGGGUUAAUCCCAAGCCUAGGGCUUGGGUGAAAGAACCCGAGAACCCCAUCCGGUGUCCUGAGUCUUUAAACCUGACAAUAAAGAGACCG